ACUCUACUACCUCCUCCUCCCCCCUCUUUACGAUCCGUAACUCUCGACUGUCGACAGUCCACAGCUCCUCUUUGUAACGGCUUUCAGGCAUCCGACAAUUUAUUCUCGGCACCAGGUCGAAACCCCUCAUUACCGCGGAGACUGAUUGUCCAUGGCUCAACGUUCUUACAACCAAGGCUAUAUGCCCAACGGCACUCCUAGCCACCCUACCCCUGGCCAACCCGCGCCCGGCGCCGUUCCCCUUCUACCUAACCAGGGCCGUAUUGUUCAGUCGGGCCCUAUUCGAGUUCUCUGCAUAGCCGAUGUACGAGGUAAUCUUCGAUCCCUGAACGAACUUGCGAAGACCGCGCGAGCCGAUCACAUCAUUCACACCGGAGACUUUGGUUUCUACGACGACACAUCCCUGGAGCGCAUUGCAGAGAAGACCUUGAAGCAUGUUGCUCAAUACUCGCCGUUGAUUUCCGAGGAAGUAAAGAAGGGUAUCAGUCAAGGUGGACCGGGCUCAGUUAAGGCGCGAUUCAACCCUCAAGAUCUACCCUUAUCGGAACUGCCUCUGCUUAUCAGCGGCCAAAUCAGACUCGAGGUCCCUGUUUACACCGUAUGGGGUGCCUGUGAAGAUGUGCGCGUUCUGGAGAAGUUCCGCUCCGGCGAGUACAAAGUACACAACUUGCACAUCAUCGACGAGGCUCGAUCCAUGCUCUUAGAAAUUGGGGGAGUCAAGUUGCGACUUCUUGGUCUUGGUGGUGCGGUGGUCAUGCACAAGCUGUUCGACAAUGGUGAAGGUCGAACUACUAUUGCAGGCGGACAGGGCACUAUGUGGACUACCCUACUCCAGAUGGGCGAGUUGGUUGAUACCGCGAAUCGUGUUUACGAUCCUACGGAGACUCGCAUUUUCAUCACGCACGCCUCUCCUGCUCGCGAGGGCAUACUGAACCAGCUUUCCGUCAGCCUUAAGGCCGACUUCUCUAUCUCAGCAGGCCUGCAUUUCCGAUAUGGCAGUUCUUACAAUGAGUUUAGUGUUAACCCGACCCUCGAUCACUACCGUGGAAAGCUUGCCGCUUCUAAGGCUUCGUUUAACGAUGUAUGGGAGACAGUUAAGGGCGAGGUCGAACCGGCAAUCCAACAGAACGAGGCCCAGCAGAAUCUGCUCAGAAACGCGCUGGAACUGGUCGACAAGAUGCCUAGAACCGCAGCUGGUGGAAAUCCCUUUGGUGGUCCGGUCGGUGGUCCUGGUGCCCAGGGUCAGGUCGAUGAAAGCGCGUUCAAGAAUAUGUGGAACUUCAACUUGGCAGACGCCGCAUUUGGUUGGCUAGCUCUGGAAAUACAAGAUGGCCGCAUUGGUACGGAGAUGCGAGCACAAGGGUUCAACUUUUCGCACCGUGGGGCUAAGCAGCAGACUGCUAUACCCCAGAGCACGCCUUCACCUGCGGCUGUCAGCAGCGGCUUAACUCCCUCGGCUCCCGCAACUUCUGUGACCCCUGCACCUACUGUUGCUGGUCCUCAAAGAACCGCUUCAGCUACUGUGCAACCGUCAAAGCCUGCCGCAGCAACUCCGCUUCAACCGCUGAAGCCCGCCACCCCAAAGCCUACAACUGCAUCCCCGGCCCCUAGCACGGCUGCUGGAAAGGAGAACGACAAGCCUACAGGGGCUAAUGGAUCAGCCAACGGCCCUGAAACUGCACCAUCACCAGCUCCCCGAGCUUCUGCGGAUAGCAUCAUUGGCUUGUUUGUUAUGAACGUCCAAAGUGACGAUCAGACUCGAGAGAUCUUCCCCGAUGAACAUAAGGCGAAGAUCGUUAAGAUCGAGAAGUGGGGCAGCAAUAGCAACAACAAGGUUGUCCACUUCCACAGCAUCGAAGACCGAGAGGCUGCCUACUCCAGUCUCGCUGACGAUUUCAAAGUCCGUCACUCAGAAGAUCGAUCAAGACCUCUGGUGAAGAUAUUCCAACCCCGCGAGUCCAAGCAGACAUACGGUGGCCGAGGCGCAGGAACCUGGGGUAGUGGCCGAGGACGAGACAACGCAAGCGGAUACCGAAGUGCUGGUGACCGUGGCACCCUUAGCGGUGGUGAAAGCGGUCCCGAGACUGGUCGUCAACGUGGAGGCCGAGGUGGUACUCGCGGAGGCCGAGGUGAGCGUGGUGGCCGAGGCGGUCGAGGCGGCCGUGGAGGCUUAGGCAAGGGUGAAGGCGGCAGCGCUUCGCCUGCCCCGGGUGGCGAUUCAUAGUGGAAUCGCCGAUGACAAUGGUUCUACCGACAUUGUCUACUAUAUUCUACUAAUAUCCUCGUGUGGCCGGACGCGAGAUAACUAUUCUUUUGCUUGUAUCCUGGCACGUUCAUCCAAGCAAAACUUUUCU